AUAGAGCCGAGUCUCGAUUUUGCUCACGAGCAUCACGUUUCAUGUGCAUCCAUAAAUUAUUUUUUUCUGAUCGACGGUGUCCAAAACACUUUGUCUCGACUAAUUCUUGGUACAUGCGGUCCCCCGUCCCACAUGUACGGAGAUAAUUGGAGCAAAAAUAGCACUCUUUUGUUUUUCGAAACGCAUCCUCGACCAACCCAACAACUGAAUUGGCACUCGCCGGAGCUCCGACCUUGAACCCCUCUAGUCUAGGGUCAAGAAACCAUAAUUUGGAAGAUGAUCAACAGAAACAGGUUGCUUCCGCUAGCCCUCCUCUGGAUGCUGGUUCUCGUCGGAACCCUAGUUAUCAUUCUGAGUCGGUUGAGCGAUGACGUAGUCUCGUCGGAGCACAAGGUCAACGGCGGCGAGCUCACUACCGAGGAAAAUAAAGCUGAGGGCACUCUAGAAGAAGUAACGCACAAGGUUUACUUCGAUGUCGAGAUUGGUGGCAAGCCUGCUGGCCGUAUCAUCAUGGGUCUCUUUGGGAAAACAGUCCCCAAAACUGCAGAAAACUUUCGCGCUCUUUGCACUGGAGAGAAAGGAACCGGUAAAAGUGGGAAGCGCCUCCAUUACAAAGGGAGCAUGUUCCAUAGGGUCAUUCCCAGUUUUAUGAUCCAGGGAGGUGAUUUUACUUGGGGUGAUGGGCGCGGUGGAGAAUCAAUCUAUGGUGACAAGUUUGCUGAUGAGAAUUUUCAACUAAAGCACACUGGCUCGGGAGUUAUGUCUAUGGCAAAUUCAGGACAAGAUAGCAAUGGAUCACAAUUCUUCAUUACUACAGUAACAACUAGCUGGCUGGAUGGGCGUCACGUUGUUUUUGGCAAAGUGCUUUCUGGGAUGGAUGUUGUCUUCAAGAUUGAAGGUGUGGGGACAAAAAGUGGCACGCCUAGGAGCAAAGUUGUUAUUUUAGAUAGCGGUGAACUACCAUUGUGACUGCGUCUCUUAAAUUGUAUAUGGAACAUGUGUAACUAACUACUCUCUCUCACACACACUCACUCACUCACUGUAUGCAGACUUGUGUUGUCUACAUACUGGUUUAGUUGUUAAGAGUUACUAACACAUGGAGUAAAUGAGAGCUCUCCUCAAUAUUCCAUA